AUGAAAAAAGCCACUCGGAUUCUAGGAAUGACCACCGCACAACGCCGGAGUCCACACCGCCGUUGCCCCCGACAUGAAACCGGAAGAAAGAAUCAGUCAGAUCUGAAUCUCUCCACCACCCACGUCAGGACAGAGACCAGCGCACCACACCGGAGGAGAAGCCGCCACACUCUACCUCCGCACCAGUCACCACACCACAAAGACGAAGGACCACGCCUCCAUGGGAGCUCGAACCUGAACCGAAAAGAAACUCUCCACAGAGCAAAACAGAGAGAGGACCGAGAGGAGAAGAAAGAGAAGGGAAAGGGGCCCUUUCCGGCGGUAGCGAGGAGCGCCAGCCGCCGGAAGAGGAGAAUCAAAGAGGAAGAAGAAGGGGCGGCGCUGAAGAGAGAGAAGAGAGAGUUUUAA